AUGGCUACAAACGAAAACAUAACAGUGACCAAGAAAAAGACGACAUUCAUAAAAAAAGUGGAUAACGAAAACAUUGCAAACACAUCUUGUGACCUUAUAGAUUCAGAAAAUGAAGAUACCAUCAUAGAACAAAAUAGAAAACGUCGCAGAGAAAUUUUGGAAAAAUUUGUUACGUCGUCACACGAUGACAAAUGUGAAAGUGCCAAAAAAGACGAAAAUAUUGACGAAAGCGCUAGUGGCAAUGAUAAAAUUGUUAAUCAAAUACGGUCACCUCGAAUAAAAAGAGAUAUGUUUUCGGAGGACGAUGAUUUCGCCCCAAUUAAUGUUUUUUUUUUUUUUUUUUUUUUAUACAACUUAGAACUCCCUCUGGUAAACCUGUAUGUCUCUGAACACGUGACACAAGAUAAUGAAUACAAUCCACAAUUAAUCGACAACUGGGACGAUUCAGAAGAAUAUUAUAACAUGCGUGUUGGAGACAUUAUUGACAGUAGAUAUACAAUAAAACGUAUAUUAGGUCAAGGUGUAUUUGCAAGCGUCGUACGUGCACACGAUAAUAAAAACGGCAAAGAAGAUGUUGCUAUAAAAAUAAUAAGAAAUAACGAUCUCACGUAUAAAAGUGGUUUAAAAGAAUCGUCAUUUUUAAAAGAAAUCAACGACGCAGAUAUAAAUAAUAGAUACCAUUGUGUGAAGUUUAUUAGGCAGUUUAUGCAUAAAGGACAUCUUUGUUUAGUAUUGGAAUCUUUGCACAUGGACAUGCGAGGUGUUAUAAAAAAAUACGGCAAACAUGGUCUUGAUAUGAAAGUGUUGAUGAGCUACAGUAGCCAACUAAUGUUAGCUUUGCGACUUUUAGAGAAACUUGGUAUUAUACAUGCGGAUAUAAAACCAGACAACAUACUUGUAAACGAAAAGAAAAAUACUUUAAAAUUGUCUGACUUUGGUUCAGCAUCAAAAGUAGAAGAUAAUGACGCCACGCCAUAUUUAGUGUCCAGAUUUUAUAGGGCGCCGGAAAUAAUAUUAGGAAUACCAUACAAACAUGGAGUGGACAUCUGGUCAGCCGCAUGUACAGUUUUCGAAAUGGCAACUGGAAAAAUAUUAUUUACCGGAAGCUCUAAUAAUGAAAUGUUGAAAUGUUUUAUGGAUUAUAAAGGUGAAUUUUCAGCUAAAUUGAUAAGAAAGGGUAAAUUUAAAAAUCAACAUUUCAACUAUAAUAAUAAUUUCCUCCUUAAUAAAAAAGACGAAUUGACCGGUAGGGAAAGAGUAAUUGAAAUAUGUAACACACAUGCCACUAAAAAUUUAUACAGUGCACUUAAAAAAUCGGCGAAUUAUUUAAGUUCACAAGAUGAUAGGAAAUUGCGUCAACUGAAAGAUUUCUUAGAGAGGAUUUUAGUAUACGAUGCGCAUCAGAGGAUGUCUAUUUUGGAUUGUCUAAAACAUCCCUUCAUUCAAAAAUAAUUAUAUAAAUGUUAAAUGAAAUUAAAUAAAUUGUAAUGGAAUAAAUUAAUAAUUCCAUAAAAGAAGGAAAAAAAGUGAGGGACUAUACGUUCAAUUUAUAAUAUGGGUCGAAGAAAUUCUGUUAAAGCAAUUAAAUGCUUCAACAUGUCGAAAUCUCAUUUUUAUAUUCAGUUCAUACGCUUAUAAUUUAUUUCCAAUGGGGAGAUCUCAGUUUUUUAUGGUCUUUGAUCUAGUAAAGAAUGUAAUUAGGAUUGUCGUUGAUUCGUUCUCUUCCUUUCUGCGCUUAGACAAUCGAGCAUAUCUCUGCAAUUAAAUUUAAAUUAUUCAAUCAAUUAUAAAUAUACAAUUAAUUUCUGAUAUUGUUCAAUCAAAAUGCUCAAGUAUUCAGCGCGUUUACAAUACACAAGUCGGAAUGGAGAUUUUUAUCCCCAACCCGCUAGUGGCAAUGGGAUUAAAGAAGCGUCUGUGGUUUAACCGGUCUUGUAAGGAAGCCAUAUUUUCUCUGCAAUCUGCAUACAAGGCUUGGACUGCUGCUCGCACUAACUCGGAUCCUGGGAUUACUGAUGCAAAGCGGAAAUCAAAACGCUGCUUCAAGUCACAGUAUGAGAGUUAUUGCCAGAGCUAAAUUUGAAUUUGUGGGCGAAAUUGGUAGGCGACUAUUAAGCCUUCCUUCUGGUAAUCGUGCUAUCUGGUCGCUUACCAAAGCCGCCCAAGGAAACUUUUUGUCAGUCGUCUUUUCCAUCACUUCGGAAACCGAAUGGUAACUUGGCCUACAAUGCUAAAGAGAAAGCCGAUCUAUUAGGUAAUCUCUUUUCCUCUAACUCGACUAUGGACGAAGGUAAUUCUACACCAACUACUAUCCCGUGCUGUGGAAGCUCUAUGUCGAAAAUUACCAUAACACAAUGUAAAGUCCGGCGGGAGUUACUAUCCUUAGAUGUUCAUAAGUCGAGUGGGCCAGACGGUAUACCGGCAAUGGUCCUAAAGCAGUGUGCUCCGGAACUAUGUCCUGCACUAACGCGUCUCUUCACGAUUUCGUACUCCACAGGGCAAUUUCCUUCGACAUGGAAGACCACCUUUGUACAUCCUGUACCUAAAAAGGGCGAUAAGUCGGACCCUUCCAAUUACAGGCCGAUAGCGAUCGCCUCCCUUCACUCUAAGGUGAUGGGGCGUAUAAUUAACGCACAGCUAUUGAGAUACCUAGAGGAUCACGAUUUAUUGAGUGACCGCCAAUACGGCUUUUGCCAUAGUCGCUCAACUGGUGACCUCUUGGUACAUCUUACGCACCGAUUCGAGAUGACGUGUACGAUACGGGAAAAAUAGUAAAAAAAAAAAUCCAAAAGAAAUAGAGAUAAAUCUCGGAGAAAGAAGAAAUGGUUAGGUAGGAGGCAAUGGUAUCCUUUCACUAACGUGCAAUGUCGCAGAGAGAGAUUCAAGAAAUGGGGAGAGAGAGAGAUUCUCUUCGAAGAGGACGUAGCAGACGGUGACGUACUCGUAUCCCGCCGUCGCGAACGGGACCUGAGGUGCUGGAUACGAGGAUGUCCGAUGUCCACUAAAUGUCUCAAAUGGUGGGGGCGGUGCGCUCAUGUUCCGGUGCAUCGUUAAACAAAGGCCCAGCAAAUGUGCCAGUUAAGUUCUCAAAUGGCCGGUUUGCCUUAACUGGCGAGCAGCGGCAAUAGUUGCGGCAACUAUGCUACAAAGAAGCUACAGCUAAUGGAACACCAGGGUGUUUUAGCCGGUAAGAGUCCGGUAAUAUCCACUUAUCUCCCUCGGAGUGUGUGGGUCUGAGUGAUUCAUUUCCCCUCGACAAAAAAAAAACAUAAGGUUACAGUGUAAGGAAUCAGAGGGUGGAAGGGUGCAAAAAACCGGCUACUAUAGUGGUGAACGA